AGAGGUAUUUUCAGAGGGCCGAUUCAUCGCUCAACCAAAAUAAACCUCGCAAAGUCGAUCCGCGCGCGCGCGCGCUUACGUCGUACCUACGGCUCACCUAUACGCGCGGCUGCCUGUUGCGUUGUUGCGCAGACCCGUCAUCGCAAGUCGCGCACACGCGCACGCGUACUCCUCAGUUUGAGCCUCGCGCCCUCGCCAAAAGCUCCGCUUUUCCAGCUUUUUUCUGCGUCCGUACUUUUCCUCUCGGUUAUCUCCAUCGUGCUGCUCUCAUAGCGAACGUUUCGUUCAAAUUGCCGUUAAGCCUUCGCAUUGCAAGAUGAUUCAGGAGAGAAGAAUCGAUUUUAAUAAAUUAUCCAAGCCCGCAAAUCUACAAAACAGUGCUGUGUUAAGGAUGUUGGAAGAGGAGGAGCAAAGGAAGAGAUUAGGAAAACCUGGCUUGAGACGAGUUGAGUGGCCACCCACGAAAGAAGGAAGCUUAGAUUACGUAGAUUUCGUUGAACAGAGCCCUGUUCAAUCAAAGACUCGCGCCGAGGGCGAGCGCGCCACAUACCAGAGCAAGAGUCCAGCGUUGAGGGAAGAAGCCGUCGCCUGGGCCAAGGCGACCGGCCAACCGAACGAUCAGGCAAGUCCCUCGCGAUACGACCAAGGCGGGCAGCCGUGGCGACGACAGACCGAGGCGCCGCAGCCCAGUGCGGACAGAGCGAAAGGCUGGGCCUCGGUCUCGCCGCAACCGACGGCGAGCCGUCCGCAUCAACGCCAGCAGCAACAGCAGCAGUUCGUCGCGCCGCCUCAGAGCCAGCCGAAUGCCCCGAGAAGCUGGAGCUCCGUCCGACCCAGGGAGUACAUCGUACCGGUAAGCUGCCCCUGGAAGAGCGAGGCGCCGGGCCGCAGCUCGACCGGCUGCAACGAGCAGUCGACCAGCGAUCUGCCGAGCCUCGACACCUGGAAGCCCCAGUCGUGGACCCAGCACAGACCGCAAAUCCAAAUAAAGCAGACGCCGGCGACGCCGAUCGGCAGCAGCUUCGGCGACGAGCCCCGGCAGUUCGGCGACGGCGCCUGGAACGGCUACCCCCGGCAGCAUAACCUGACCGUCAGCCAGGAGGUCGAAAGCCCACAGUCUUACUACAAGCCGCAGAGCUCGGCUGUGCAUUUGGAGCCGCCGGCAACGCUGAUCACGCUCAGGGCAGAGCCCCCGAUUUCACAGGAGCCCUCCCCGGUGUACCAGGCACAGCCAGCGGCUACCGAAGCGGCCUACGACGGCAUCAACAUGCGCGGUGACCAGAAGUGGCCGCCGGCCUCGGUGAAGCAGCAAACGGAGGCGGAGAACCGAGCGCGCAUCGAGCUGGCCAAAGGCCCGGCCUGCCGACCGCGCAAAGUCCACAAGGACUACAGCGGCUUCUUCGCCCAGCACGCCGUGACAAACAACUACCCGGGCUAUCGGGCCCCGCCCGGCACUCAGUUCUUCACUCCGGCCUACCAGCACUGAUUCAUUCGCCAUGCGCCUACGCCAGCAGCUAACUCCACUCGUGUCGCCGCAGAGGCCCCAAGCCAACCAAUUCUUCCGGUUUCGCACGAACUGCAUCAACGAUUUUAUUCUUACGACUAACGACUACUCGCCACACGAUUGUUCUCGCGACCUGCUACCUUGAUUACUGUUCAUCACUUGCGGUCGCGCCUCUUUUUCAACGUCAACUGUACAUUGUUGUCUAUCGCUUAUCAAUAAAUAUAGACACUCACGAUCAAAUCGA